AGCACGAUACUGAAAUCCAUAGCAUAGUAGCAGAUUCAUGCGAAAAGUCAACUUCAUGGAUUGCCUCACUAUCAACGCGGAGCUGAAGGGCAUUCAGAACAGCCGAGGUUCACAUCGAAGAAUGAUCCUCCGGGAAAACGGAUAACCGGUGUCGGUCUUGAGAAGAUAUAAAAUGUACAGCGAAGCACCAGCUGUAUCACGGUUGCCUCUCUCCUAGAACCGUCCCAUCGAACAUGAAGCCCAUUUUCGCCCUCUGUGCCUUUGGCCUUCUCGUGAUCCAGGCUCGAGCCGCCUGCUACAAGUCCGACACUUACUGCUAUGAUUGGGGAGCCAAGGUGUGCGAGUGUGAUGAAGGGUAUCUGAUGGAAUGCGAGGAAUACCUCGUUGCCGAGGUUGAUGGGAAUGGCGGCGAGUCGUACGGCCUGUGGACGAGGCUGAAGAAUUGCCCCGUUCCGGCCGAUGGAGGGCUUCAGUGCGUCGAUGGUGCUUGUACCUCUUAAGAGGGUCCGGCAAGGCCUAUCCUGUUUGUGUCUGUUGCUCAGGGAUCACUAGACAUAUGUCUAUGUGACUUGAGAAUGGCAGUACGGGGUGAAGAAUACCGGCGAGGGUGCAACGAGGGUUAAACUGGCAGGACUGAGAGUGAGGGUUGGAUCACACCAACGGGCAAGGCAUCAUGACGCAAGACAAUUCAGAACCCUAGAAGUCAUCUUAUACCACUGGAAUAAGAUUGAGAAGAGGUCUUGGAAAAUGUGAUAA